GUCCAGGUGAGAGCGCGGUGUCUGGAGGAGCGAAGCGAGCGCGCGCGCCCAUCCCCCGGCCGGCCGAGGCGCGGGCAGCAGCGAGAGCAGCCACAGCCAGCAGCUGACGGCAGGCCAUGGCGCUCUGACCGCCGGCAGCCACCCACACGCGGACAUGCGGCCCCUCCUGGUCGCCGUCUGCCUGCUGCUCGUCUCGCCCAUCACCGGACACUGGUGGGCCGCGGGCAGUCACGUGGUGCUGGACCCGACCAUGAUCUGCAAGAAGACGCGGCGGCUGCGCGGCCGGCUGGCCGAGAUCUGCCGCAAGGAGCCGGCGCUGCUCAAGGAGAUCUCCAAGGGGGUGGCGCUCGGCACGCGCGAGUGCCAAUUCCAGUUCCGCAACCGCCGCUGGAACUGCACCGCCGUGCGCCGCAGCCUGCGCAAGGUGCUCAUGAGAGACACGCGCGAGACGGGCUUCGUGAACGCCAUCACGGCGGCGGGCGUGACGUUCGCCGUGACGCGGGCCUGCUCCAUGGGCGAGCUCAUCGAGUGCAGCUGUGACAAGGCCAUCAAAGGUAGCGGCCGCAUGGGACCGCUGCCACCCGAGCACCCGGCGUCGGUGCUGCCGCCAGGGGCGGCGGGGGCGUCUGCGGGGGCGGCUUCGGUGGCGGCGGCGCUGCCCCCGGGAGCCGGGGCGCACCAGCAGCUGCAGCAGCCGCAGCAGCCGGGACAGGCCGCCGAGGGCGAGUGGCAGUGGGGCGGCUGCGGCGACAAUGUCAACUUCGGCUACCGCCGAUCCAAGGACUUCAUGGACGCGCCCUACCGCCGGCGCUCCGACAUCAAGACUCUCGUCAAGCUGCACAAUAACGACGCCGGCCGCCUGGCGAUCAAGAACUUCAUGCGCACCGAGUGCAAGUGCCACGGGCUGUCCGGGUCGUGUACGCUGCGCACGUGCUGGCGCAAGAUGCCGCCGUUCCGCGACGUGGGCAACCGGCUGAAGGAGCGCUUCGACGGCGCCGCCAAGGUGAUCCCCAGCAACGACGGCCGCUCCUUCAUGCCCGAAGGCCCCACCAUCAAGCAGCCCGAGCGCACCGACCUCGUCUACUCGGAGGACUCGCCCGACUUCUGCCUGCCCAACCGGCGCACCGGCUCACUGGGUACGCAGGGCCGCGAGUGCAAUGCCACCUCCCCCGGUGUCGACGGAUGCGAGUUGCUGUGCUGCAGCCGCGGCUACGACACGCGCGUCGUGCGUGAGAAGGUCAACUGCAAGUGCCGAUUCCGCUGGUGCUGCGAAGUCACCUGCAAGACGUGCGUCGAGCGCCGCUCCAUCAACACUUGCCGCUAGCCUGCGGGCUGCCGCCAUUUGUGCCACUGUGGUUCCACCUUCGCGAUCCAGAAACUGAUUGGUCGGCCACUUUCCAGGCAACAGAAAUCCUCAUUGCACGGAGCUGGCAGAAUAAAGCUGUCCCGGAGAAUAUUUGAUGUACCUGAAGAUAGACAACACAGUUUACGUCAUUCGCCCGAAUGGUGUAAGUUGGGGUGCCUACUUUAAGGCGCAUGAAAUAUUUUCCGGGCCAGAUCUAUUCUGCCUACCCUGUGGUCGCUUCUCGCACUCCAGUUUCUUUUGACAUCCUAAUGUAUACCUGAGAGCUUUAUACUUUUUUCAGAGUUCUGCUCUCUCGCGAAUGUCUCGCAGCAAUGUUUAAGUGAGGGACGAUUAUAUUGACGAUACUUAAUAUCUGAUAGUUCGCGCCAGUCGCACCUGUGCAGAGAGAGAAAGUGAUAGGGAAACGUGCAUGAGAUGGGAUUGGUGUUUGCAUGGCGGUAGUGAGGGCGCUAUCUCCCUCUAUAUUGCCAAAACUGUGAAAUGUUGCUUUGGACAACAGCCGCUGGAACAGCAUCCUCACUGAAGAAUGUCCUGACCGCAGCCUGGAGGCGAAUUUUUAUCGGCCUCAAGCUGCACUGACGGCCAGGCGUCCGGAGGUAGAUGAAAUCUCAUUAGCUGCUGGGGUCAGUAGAGGAUGAGAGGGUCGGGGAGGGGGGGGGGGGGGGGGUAGGUAAUACGCAGAAUCGUUCGAAACUGGGCGCUUCCUGCAGUAACUACGAGAAAAUGUCAAGAAAUAUCUGAGACUAGCUCGCUGAAACAUUUACACCAUUAGUAUAGUGUGGGGAAAAAAAAAACUGGCCCAGAAGAUAUUUCACACAUCUUAAGAUAGCCAACCCAACUUAAAUCAUUCUCUCCUGGGGUGUGUAAUGUAACUAGUGUCGUCUAUCUUUAGGCGCAUUAAAUAUCUUUUGGGCCAAUUUUGUUUUGGGCUAGCUUUAUUUUGCGCAACCUGUAGAUUCUAAGUUUGGUGCUGUCAGCGAAAUGCUUCAGUUCUGCUUCCACGCGCCGCAAGAAUUAGGCACAUACUAAAUAUGAAAUUCGUCGUCAGUUUCUCCGUUUCCUUUCUCCUAUAAGCGACUGGUAAGGAGGCAAAUGACUGUGUAUGCUUCUCUAUGCCUGCUUUUCUGCACUUGCUACUACGUGCUUGACCUACAGAAAUGCUAACAGUGAACAGUAAUGAAAUUUAUAUUAUAAUACUAGUUCUCUGAGUUUUCCGUUUAAUAUUUGACGGAAAGAACAUUUACUCCAACGAUUAUACUGCAAGCACUUUGAGCACCUUCGUAAUACUUUUGUUGGGUUCCACCACUUCCUAAAGCUUAAUUUAAUGGGAAUAUCUUACGUCUGAAGAUAGGUCGCAAGAGAAUCUUAUACGUCCUACUCUUCGCAAGAGCUCUAUUCCUCUCUAAAAUGCUCCUACUCGACCUCCCUAAGCUUUUAGCUUGAUACCACUUUGUAAAUUGACCAGUACAUACGUAAUCGACCCGAGAGGGUCUAGAAGUGUUCAAAAACAUUUAACUGAAUUUUGCCAGGUUAUUUGUUCUGUAUUUUACACACAGCCCGAAUCUGCAGUCGUAGUACACAGUUACAGAAGAUACGAGAGAAUCGGGAUGAGUAAGCAGGCAGUUUGUCCUGGACAAGAUUUGCUUGUUUUAUUUUGAUCAAUUAUACAGCAUAACUUCAGCAAAAAUGAUUUACACUACAGUUGAUAUCUUUCUUUUUUUUCUAACAAACAUCGAUUAGUAUGACUCCGCCAGGAAAUAAGACAAUUGAGUGAAAGCUGCUUCACACAAUUCGAUAAACAUUAUUAAGAACUUAUAACAUCAUUUAAAGCCAUCCAUGGCUACAUUUGUUUCUAAAUAUUAAUGCGGCAACAGACAAUAUUAAAAUAUACGAUUAAAAUUCAGCAGUCACAAAUUUUUUCCAAUAGGUAGAACGUCAAAUUUUCACCAAUACGAAGUUUUAGGCAUUCCUAGCUCCCACAAUUGCUCAAAAUAGCACAAGAUCGUGUUGAGAAUAGCAGAUGUGACGGAAAUUCAAUCCAUGGAAUCAGUUGUCAACCAUGAUGUAUUAGCUUCAUUUUUUAGAUUUUUCGUUAGGAUAUUAGUCUGUUUCGCGCUUUUAGAUACUUCUAGCAUCAACUCGCUAGCAUCUUUUGUAUAUGUUGUAUGUUUCAGAUAUCAGUCUAAAAGACUUAAAUUUGCAUCGUGGCUACCGUAUUUGCGUUACCACUGAAUGUAGCACGUUUCACACCAUGACGAGCUACAAAAACGCUGAAAUGAAGUUAGUUUUUUUUUCAAGUAGCUUAAACACUACAUCAGUACUUACGGAGAGAACCUGUUAUCAUUUUUCUCUGAUAGCAUUGCAGCACUGAUUGUUAAGAAUCAAAGAAGAAAUAAAAUUAGUAAGAUAUUAUAACCACUGUAUUUCGCAAAUGAAUAGCAAGUGAAGCUAGGGACGACUUGUAGACUAAAACAGACGGCGCUAAUUUUCUUUAAAUACCCACAAUAGGAUGCUGACGUCUAAUAUCUCUUAGAACCAACCGAAUCACAAUUUCAUUGAGUGAUAUUCUGAAAGUCGAAAGUGUGUUCCUAGCUACGUGAACGAGUCAUAAAUGAGUCUCGUUAUUUGGCGCGUCCCAAUUGAAUUUACUCUGAAGUGACCAGGAUUUUCGUCUCCACUCAGAUUCGAGUGACCAUUAGUAGCUGCUCUAAGUUAAUAGUGCUAGCAGACAAAUAAAAGUCAUAAACUUUGGAAGACUGACUUUCAAUAAAUAUAUCUAUUCUUGGCGCUUAUACUGAAAAGUAGUUAUUAAAUUCGAACAGUAAUGUUUUACGGCUUUUCAGUGGCUUCAUGAAGACUGAAGUACUGUAAAUCAGAACCAAACGAAACUUUUGUGUGGCUUUUAAUCAUGGACAUGACAUAAAUGGCAAUAAUGAAUACUAGCUCCAAAGCGAAUAUAUAUUGGUGCUACAAUGGCCGCCAGUUUUCGUAUAAACUAUAAUAUUUCUAACCUGAUGUUCAUGCAACUCAGGCGGAACUUGCUGUAUUUAAAACUAGGACGGCAUGUUUGAAUAGCGAAGCAUGCUGUUCUCUGUGAUGAAGAGUGUAUGAUGUGCUACUCUCUUAAGUGAUCAAGGACGGUACUUCUUACCCACAUAUAAAUACAUGACUAGAAAAGAAUAUUUUAGAAAAAAAUUAUAGUGUGUAAAUUAUGUGAUAUAAAUAUUUAUUUCGUCGAAAGCUUGUAUAAAAUAAUUUUAUAAGGUUAUGAUACGAUUUAGUUUCGUGUACCGAAAAUAUUUUCUGAAGCAAUUACGUACACAUGUGGAAACACUUUAUUGACAGCAAAGAUAUAUUUUUAGGAGUGUUUAUACGAAGAGGAAAAACUGAUAUACAUGUAUAGCAUAUGUACACAUGUGUUAACAAAUACUUCUGGAGGACGAUGUAUUUCCUUCCGUCCUUUACAAUGACUAAUGCAGACUGAUGUUUGAUUGUCACGGUAUACAACAACACUUCUCAAUCAUGCGUUACCUUACAUGUUUCAAAUUCUUGCAAUUUCUUCGUAUCGUUUUACUCCAGAUGAAAAGAUAUGCUCGUACUAUGAUUGCUGAUGAAGUGUACAGUAUUUAAUACUGUUGGCAGAAGUUAUUUUACUUAAAAACAUUCUUAUCCUACUAUGCCAUUUAUUCUAUAUUUUUUGCGUGAAAUAACAUGAGGCGGGUGGGACAUGUAUAAAAAAAGGCUUAUGUGAGGAUGAGGCAAUGCAACUCUGCUUCCUAACCAAGAGGUGCCAGAAAGCCUAACUAAAGAAACAAACAUUACUGCUUAUUUGUUAUGUGUUGUGUAAAUGACAAACCAGACCUGAAGGCCUGGCUGUAUGGAGCCACCACAUAGCCGAAACAAUUAAGCCUAAUUACACUUUAUAACAGUUACUAGAAUCGUAUUACAGAAAUUAAGAAAUUUCUGAACCCAGUGAAAUUUGUGAAAAGAUGCAUUUUAUGUGUAAAUUGCUAUUGUUAUUGUAUGGAGAUGUAGGCUACCAAUUAAAUGUCCAUACCAGAUGCUUGUGGACAUUGCUUCCGAUUUGAGAUUUGUAAUUCUGCAUCAAGUUAGACACAUAAUGGGACUGUACCGAUCUUCUCUGCUGAUACAGUGCUAUUGUGGAGCAAUGUAAUCUUCCUUGGAUACUGGUCAAUGUUCCAGCUCUUGUAAAUAUGGUUAUGUAAGAUAUAAACAGAAUUAUUCAUGUAUGGCCAGCCCUUAAAAAGUUCUGCCAAAAAAUCACAUAGGAAAGUUUGUUUUUGGCAUAUGUGGUGAUCUCCGGGCUGCCUCACGUCCAUCAUCUCGUAUUGCUGUAGUGCCUUAUCUGUAAAACAGCUUUAAGUACUCUAAUGUAUAGCUUUUAAAAAUGAGAUGUAAAUUUUAUUAAAAUGCCUUUAUCGAA